CUGGCUUGCGGUGCUAUCGCGGAUGCCAUCCACUUUGUCCUUUCAUUGUCUUGCCAACAUGGACCCACGUCUUUGCCUCUGCACGAAGCUAUAGAUGUACACUUUGAAUAUAUCCUCACACUCACUGCAACGCCAACGAGAGAAAAGCGCGCUUGGCAGCAUGUCAGCUCUCGGUGCGCCAAAAGUCAUCGUCGACGCCAGCGUCGUCCCACGCGUCGGAAUUGGCUGCUUCGUCCAGGACGCGAGAGGGUUUGUCCUGAUCGGAAAGCGGAACGGCAGUCAUGGUAGCGGUACCUUGGUAAGUUGCUCAAGUCUGGUAUGUGUGACUGUGCCGGAACCUCAAAGCCUCGCGAUUCCUUCGGGCGCGCUCGACCACCCGCAUGGCAGGCGUUACCUGGCGGUCACCUAGAAUUACAUGAGAGUUUCGAGGAAUGCGCUGCCCGUGAAGUCCUCGAGGAGACGGGCAUCAGGCUCGAAGAUGAUAGUUUUGGGGUCCGUUCGUCGCUUCAAGGAGCUGCCACGUUACCAGUCCCAGAAUUCAACACGAACAAUAGCUUGAACCCAACUUCCUCCGCGGCCGUAUCCCCCUCACCGGCUCAACGAUGCGGUGUCAGAGUCCUCGGGGCAGUUAACUCGGUCAACAUGCGCGACGCUCAUGAAGAUGCCUCUACGCCUCCCCGGCACUAUGUGACGAUUUUUUGCUCAGGCCGAGCACAUGCAGAUACACAAAAGGCUCUCAAUCUCGAGCCGACCAAGUGUCUCGGCUGGCAGUGGGUGCCGUGGCGAUGGCUGCAUGGCGCGGCGCUGGCGCAGAACGAGGCUCGACGCAUGCAAGACCACCUGACGGCACAAGGGUGUGCGCUUCCCGUAUCAGCUGAAAAGAUGUUGCUGGCGCAAAGGAUUGGCGAAAGCAUAAGUGCGACGGGCCAACAAGCUCUUGACGAAGUUAUGCGUCUCCCGCGCGCAGCCGCCUCGAGCGUCGCAAUGGCUGCCAUCGAUGCUGAUGCGUCGAACAGGACGGGUCCCAGGACAGAGGAGGAGGUGGCUGCUUGGAAAGAAGCGGAUGAGUUCGCUGCGUCUGCGGCGCUGUUUGAACCCAUUGUAAAUUGCUUUCUCCAACUACCCGAAUUAUGGGCGAUAGGUCCCCAUAGAUGGUAAAG